GUCUUAAGAAUCUCAAAUUGGGAAAAUUUGUGUUUCUGUACAAAAAAAAAAUUGUACUCGUCUGACUUCGAACGAUUGCUUGAGAGUCAUACCAGUAAUUAUACCCUACACCACAUAGUGGUAAGGGUAUUAUGUCUUUGUGCAUUUGUUUGUAACAUCGAGAAGGAAACGAGAUAGACCCAUAGUUCCUUUUGGUGAUCAGCAUAGAAUCACAUUUGGAGUCGAUUUAUGCAUGUCCGUCCGUCCGUCUGUCCGUCCGUCUGUCCGUCCGUCUGUUCGUCUGUCCGUCUGUCCAUGUAUUUUUGUAAACAAAAUGCAGGUCGCAUUUAUGAUUCGAUUGAGAUGAAAUUUUCCAAAUAACAUUUGUUUGGCUCAAGGACGAACCCUAUUGAAAUUGGUGAAAAUCGGCCCAAAUUUAGAUAUAGCUCCCAUAUAUAUCUUCGACCGAUUUCGGGUCAAUUGCGCUCCAAAUGGCCAAUAAUAGCCCAAAUGGCCUGAAUUUUAGCAUUUCCCAUCGAAUUAAGACUACAAGCAUAUACUUCAAAUUUGGUGAAAAUCGUUUCAGAUAUAGCUAUAGCUCCCAUAUAUAUGUUUCAUCCGAUGUAGUGUUUAAGUCCCUCACAUUCAUAAUAUCGAAUGGCUAAUAUCAGUCCCAAUGCUGCGAAAUUCGGCACUUCGGACCGAAUGUAGUAUAGAAAUAAGUACUUAAAAUUUGGUGAAAAUCGGUUCGGAUAUAUCUAUGGCUCCCAUAUAUAUGUUUCAUCCGAUUUGGUGUUUAGGUACCUCACAUUCGUAAUAUGUACUCCACAAGACUGAUAUUUAGCACCAGAUAUCAGAUACAGCCUAGCAAUACAUGAUUCUAAUUUUAUAAAGAUCGGUUCAGAUUUGGAUAUAGCUCCCAUAUAUAUCUUCAGCCGAUUUUAGGUUUCUUGUGCACUUUUUUGCACUUUUGAAAUUUCCGACCGAAUUUAGUAUAGAAAUAACCACAUUAAAUUUGGUGUAAUCGGUGUAAAUUUUACAUGUCUAUGGUAGCGCACAUUUCACAGAUAUUAGUUUAUUGUUAUUGAGUAUUUCAAUCCCCAUACCUAAUCCCUUAUUAAAUAUUUUAUGACACCAUCAAAUAUAUAUUUUUAUGAUCCACAGAAUUUAAAAUUUUGGAUUUAUUUUUUUGCAACUACCUGAAUAAAUAAUCAUUUCUCUCUUAUUUUAAAUAAUACUUACCUGUGAUUAAGGUUGCUACCUGUGUUUUAAACACCUGUGUUUUUGUUUUCUACGCAAACACAUCGAAUAACUAGGUCAUUUUAUUACCUGUCUGGUAAUAAAAGUAUUAACCUCUUAUUGUUUGCUAAAGGGAUUGUGGGUACAUUUUUCAAUGCAAAUAUUACCUGUAGUCAAUAAAAGUAUUAAAAUUGUAUUUUGCUCACACCCCUCAAUAUCUUACUUAAGCUGUGGAUAUGUAAUCACUGAAUUUAGUAUAACUUUAUAAUUCAAGUUGCACACACUGUACAAAAAAAUUAAAUUAAAAUGCCGAGAACUCGCAAGCAGAGUGCUGCCACACGCCGACGCAUUAUUCGGGGUAUUGUUCGAGAAGAGCGUGAAACGUUAAGAACCACGCAGAACAAUACUAUUCGAAGAUCAUAUGGCGGACAAUGGAGGAGGCUACGCAGACAAGACCUACAAUUUAGAAUUGAAGAAAGACAACGCGACGCUGCUGCACAUGCAGACAGACGCCAAAACCCAUCCUAUAGAGCAGAGGAACAGCUAAGAAACAAUAUCGAGCAUUCCCUUAGACGCCAGGAUCCACUCUAUCGUGAGGUGGAACAGGAAAGGGAUACUCAGGCACAUGCAGAAAGACGCCAGGAUCCACUCUAUCGUGAGGAGGAACAGGAAAGGAAUACACGGGAACAUGCAGACAGACGUCAGGAUCCGCUAUACCGGGAAGACGAACAGAUACGGAACACUGUCGAGCAUUCACUUAGACGCCAGAAUCCAUUCUAUCGUGAGGUGGAACAGGAAAGGGAUACUCAGGCACAUGCAGAAAUACGCCAGGAUCCACUCUAUCGUGAGGAGGAACAGGAAAGGAAUACACGGGAACAUGCAGACAGACGUCAGGAUCCGCUAUACCGGGAAGACGAACAGAUACGGAACACUGUCGAGCAUUCACUUAGACGCCAGAAUCCAUUCUAUCGUGAGGUGGAACAGGAAAGGGAUACUCAGGCACAUGCAGAAAGACGCCAGGAUCCACUCUAUCGUGAGGAGGAACAGGAAAGGAAUACACGGGAACAUGCACACAGACGUCAGGAUCCGCUAUACCGGGAAGACGAACAGAUACGGAACACUGUCGAGCAUUCACUUAGACGCCAGAAUCCACUAUAUCGUGACGUGGAACAAGAAAGGGAUACUCAGGCACAUGCAGAAAGACGCCAGGAUCCACUCUAUCGUGAGGAGGAACAGGAAAGGAAUAUACGGGAACAUGCAGAUAGACGUCAGGAUCCGCUAUACCGGGAGAAGGAACAGGAAAGGAAUACUCGGGAACAUGCACACAGACGUCAGGAUCCGCUAUACCGGGAAGACGAACAGAUACGGAACACUGUCGAGCAUUCACUUAGACGCCAGAAUCCACUAUAUCGUGACGUGGAACAAGAAAGGGAUACUCAGGCACAUGCAGAAAGACGCCAGGAUCCAUUCUAUCGUGAGGGGGAACAGGAUAGGAAUACUCGAGAACAUGUCGACAGACGUCAAGACCCUCUUUACCGGGAGGACGAACAGCUACGGAACACUGCCGAACACUGCCUUAGACGCCAAGAUCCUGAAGUCCGUGCCUCCGAGCGUUUAAGAAACACUGUUCAACGACAACAAAGAAGGAUUUUUCAAAGGAUCUCGCAACAUGACUUGAAUAGAUCAACGAUAUCAAGGGUAGAAACCCAUAGACGUAACCCCAGCAACAGGAUUAGAAUCAAUGUGAACCAGGCCGAAAGGAAUAGAACAAGAAGAAACCAGUUAACAGCCGAAGAAAGACAAGAAGAAUCUGCCAGGAUUAUAAGCCGUCGGAAUAACGAGCGUUUCCAGCGAUACAAUGAAACUAUCAAGCAGGGACCAACCAGGAUAUGUAUAUGCUGCGGAGGCUUGUGGUUUCCUCAUCAAGUUGAAUUUCUACAAAAGCAAGGUAUGUCAAAUUCAAAUUUUAUUUCUGAAGUUUUUUGCUUAUCUGAACGGUUUCCCUCAGCUAAUGGUUUCUACACGUUUUGCAAAACCUGUAACAGAGCUAUAAAAAGUGGAAAAAAACCAAAUAUACGAAUUUCAAACGGUUUAGAAUUUCCGGAGAUUCCUGGAGCUCUUAAAGAUUUAACAUCAGUUGAGGAACGUUUGGUUACUGCUCGAUUACCGUUUAUGGUUAUUGUUGCGUUAGGUUUCGAAAGACAAAGUGCCAUUCGCGGCGCAGUAGUAAAUGUUCAAAUAUCGGUUAGCGAAACUGUAACGUCUCUUCCUCGGCAUUUUGACCAAGCCCAGGUGAUUCAACUGCAUCUUAAACGUCGCAUGGAGUAUCAGCAUGAUUACAUGACUGAAACAAUUAGACCAGCGAAAGUAAUUGAGGCAGCCAGAUACCUGAUAAAUAUCGAGUUGUAUAUAAAACAUGGUAUUACGAUUGAUGGAGGAUGGUUCGACGGUUAUAAUUCUUCGGCGGUCGUACCUUUUGUGGCAAAUCAAGAAGACCAAGGAGCAAUUCAAGCAAUAUUCGAUGACCAAAUCUCUAGGGCUCCCUCGGUUGCUGAAAAUCCACAAGGGGAUGAGUUCAUCAUGGAAAACCUUAAUCCAGGUGGUCAGCAAACAUUGCUCGAUACUAUAGGUCUUGAAAAUGUGCCUCAUCAACGCAUUGUUAUGGCACCAGGCGAGGGUCACCGCCCCCUCGAUAUGAUCAUCGAUUCAGAUUCGGAAGAACUGGCAUUUGUUACCAUAUAUUCAAUUAAAGUACUACUUACUGCUCCUACUGGAAAAGCCGCAUUCGGGAUUGGUGGUGCUACGUUGCAUUCAAUGUUUUCGCUGCCCGUAAAUCAGUCCAGUUCGGAGUUAAGACCUUUGGGCCCGGAUGCCUUGAAUGCAAUUUAUACUAAGUUGCUGAAUUUGAGAUUACUCAUUAUUGAUGAAAUAUCAAUGGUAGGGGCAAAAAUGCUUUCAUAUUUAAACGCAAGGCUGAAACAAAUCUUUAAAAACACUGAUUAUUUUGGCGGCGUCUCUGUGAUCGUUUUUGGAGAUUUAAAACAGCUUUCUCCCGUUGGUGAUAGAUGGAUAUUUUCAGCUCCAACUAAUGAUCCUUACAGUGCAAUAUAUGGAACGGAAACGUGGGAUAAAUUCAAAUAUUUUGAAUUAACCGAGAUAAUGCGCCAAAGAGGAGAUCGUGCGUUUGCCAUUGCUUUAAACAAUUUAGCUUCUGGACAAAUGACAAUCCAGGAUAUUUCUCUGUUGCAACAGCGUGUUGUACUUCCAACAGACGUUCCUAAUGAUGCCAUCCAUUUGUUUUGCUCCAAUGAUGAAGUCAAUGUCUACAACACAUUGAAGUUAAACUCUAUUCAAACAGAAGAAGUUGUUUCCGAAGCUUUUGACGUUGUCAAAUCUACGAGUUUAACACAUCAAAAUAAAAAUAGAAUCUUGGAUUCUGUUAAAACAUUUAAGGUAUCCGAAACACGAGGUUUGCAAUACCAUUUAAUAUUAAAAACAACAGCGAAAUAUAUGGUUACUGCAAAUAUAGACACAGGUGAUGGCUUAGUAAAUGGAGCAACUGGUCAACUGAUGGAAAUAAAUUUCAUCGGUACAACUAGGAAACCUUCUACGCUUUGGAUAAAGUUUCCUCAAGAAAAUAUUGGAGUUUUAGCUCGUUCCAAAAAACGGCAUCCCACCGAAGCUUUAUGGACCCCCAUUGAUAUUUGUGUCAAAACAUUUCAAUACAAACGCAAUGAUCAACUCUGCUACCGCUUUGCUGACAUUGCGGCACUGUAUUUGGGUAAUGAGAUUCCACUGACGUUGCUCUGCUACCGCUCUGCUGAUACUGCUACACCAUAUUUCAAGAACAUGUGGGAACGUUAA